AUGAGAGAGCGGACUCGACAAGAAUCACCAGGAGCCAACUCAACGAGCAGCAGCAUGCACUUACGAUAUCCGACAGAUCUAAACAGUGAUGAGGAUGACGGUUCGGAACUCCAAGAGAAACAUUUCUCGGCGCCAGGAGGUGAAACUGAACAAUAUCGUCAAGGUGGAGAUCGCCGGCAUCGUCAUAAAGAAAAGGACAACAAGGAACACAAGCACAGGACCAAGCAUCACAAGGAAGAGAAGAGGCACAAGAAAAAAAAGAAAAUAGUAAAAAGUGACAACAACAACACAGGGUUCGAAAGCAUAUCAAUUAUUGAGACGGAUGAAGAUAUUAGCGAGGAAUCAGAAGAAUCAGAUGAGGAUACUGAGGAUAUCAGUUUUGAAGACAGCAGUGAGGAGAACGACGAUAAAAUCUCAGAAAAUGAAUCAACAAAAGAUGCAACCGAUAUAGAUGAAUGUACUUAUGCCACAGAUAAGUACACAGAGGAAAGUCAAGCAACAGGGACAGGUUCUUCCACGGCAGUCCCCUCUGUAUCAACAAAAGCACAGAAAGAAGGAGGUCGCGAAACAACAACUACAGCUCCUCACACGAAGGGAACUCCAACAAACAAAACGACAGGACAAGAACCUCAAACACCCACACUGAAGGCACCCGGGAAGGAAGAGGGAACCACACCUCCAACACUUCCACCACACGUAGCAGAGGAAAGUCAAGCAACAGGGACAGGUUCUUCCACGGCAGUCCCCUCUGUAUCAACAAAAGCACAGAAAGAAGGAGGUCGCGAAACAACAACUACAGCUCCUCACACGAAGGGAACUCCAACAAACAAAACGACAGGACAAGAACCUCAAACACCCACACUGAAGGCACCCGGGAAGGAAGAGGGAACCACACCUCCAACACUUCCACCACACGUAGCAGAGGAAAGUCAAGCAACAGGGACAGGUUCUUCCACGGCAGUCCCCUCUCUAUCAACAAAAGCACAGAAAGAAGGAGGUCGCGAAACAACAACUACAGCUCCUCACACGAAGGGAACUCCAACAAACAAAACGACAGGACAAGAACCUCAAACACCCACACUGAAGGCACCCGGGAAGGAAGAGGGAACCACACCUCCAACACUUCCACCACACGUAGCAGAGGAAAGUCAAGCAACAGGGACAGGUUCUUCCACGGCAGUCCCCUCUCUAUCAACAAAAGCACAGAAAGAAGGAGGUCGCGAAACAACAACUACAGCUCCUCACACGAAGGGAACUCCAACAAACAAAACGACAGGACAAGAACCUCAAACACCCACACUGAAGGCACCCGGGAAGGAAGAGGGAACCACACCUCCAACACUUCCACCACACGUAGCAGAGGAAAGUCAAGCAACAGGGACAGGUUCUUCCACGGCAGUCCCCUCUCUAUCAACAAAAGCACAGAAAGAAGGAGGUCGCGAAACAACAACUACAGCUCCUCACACGAAGGGAACUCCAACAAACAAAACGACAGGACAAGAACCUCAAACACCCACACUGAAGGCACCCGGGAAGGAAGAGGGAACCACACCUCCAACACUUCCACCACACGUAGCAGAGGAAAGUCAAGCAACAGGGACAGGUUCUUCCACGGCAGUCCCCUCUCUAUCAACAAAAGCACAGAAAGAAGGAGGUCGCGAAACAACAACUACAGCUCCUCACACGAAGGGAACUCCAACAAACAAAACGACAGGACAAGAACCUCAAACACCCACACUGAAGGCACCCGGGAAGGAAGAGGGAACCACACCUCCAACACUUCCACCACACGUAGCAGAGGAAAGUCAAGCAACAGGGACAGGUUCUUCCACGGCAGUCCCCUCUGUAUCAACAAAAGCACAGAAAGAAGUAGGUCGUGAAAAAACAACUACAGCUCCUCACACGAAGGGAACUCCAACAAACAAAACGACAGGACAAGAACCUCAAACACCCACACUGAAGGCACCCGGGAAGGAAGAAGGAACCACACCUCCAACACUUCCACCACACGUAACAGAGGAAAGUCAAGCAACAGGGACAGGUUCUUCCACGGCAGUACCCUCUGUAUCAACAAAAGCACAGAAAGAAGUAGGUCGUGAAAAAUCAACUACAGCUCCUCACACGAAGGGAACUCCAACAAACAAAACGAUAGGACAAGAACCUCAAACACCCACACUGAAGCCACCCGGGAAGGAAGAAGGAACCACACCUCCAACACUUCCACCACACGUAACAGAGGAAAGUCAAGCAACAGGGACAGGUUCUUCCACGGCAGUACCCUCUGUAUCAACAAAAGCACAGAAAGAAGUAGGUCGUGAAAAAACAACUACAGCUCCUCACACGAAGGGAACUCCAACAAACAAAACGACAGGACAAGAACCUCAAACACCCACACUGAAGGCACCCGGGAAGGAAGAAGGAACCACACCUCCAACACUUCCACCACACGUAACAGAGGAAAGUCAAGCAACAGGGACAGGUUCUUCCACGGCAGUACCCUCUGUAUCAACAAAAGCACAGAAAGAAGUAGGUCGUGAAAAAUCAACUACAGCUCCUCACACGAAGGGAACUCCAACAAACAAAACGAUAGGACAAGAACCUCAAACACCCACACUGAAGCCACCCGGGAAGGAAGAAGGAACCACAGCUACAAUACCCCAAGAACGACACAAAAGGAAGAGAUUACGAAGAAGCUGUGGUACGUCAUGCGAACAUAAAAUCAGGAGACGACGCGAGACAAAAAUCACGAUUACUGUGGUGGAGGAAGAAACAUAUAAAAGGGGAUCGAUAUCGCGUACAAACAAUUCAGCUUCACGAUUUGAGAACGAAACGGUGAGUUCCCGAGAGAAAAUGUGGAACGCAGAAGAAAAUUCCGUUAACUCCUCAAAUAACGAAGUUCAUGAUGAUGCUAGUAAUCACGCGAAACAUGGCGAUGUCGAACAAUCCAAUGGCAGCGAUACCGAAAUAUCGGAGGAUGAUCAGCUGACUAAUAGCACACACAAUGGGACCGACAUGCAACGAUCUGUGCCCUGCAGAAAAGAUGUCCGCAUUUCAGUCGCCGUCAACAUCGAAUCCAAAAUUGAGGAAGAAGAUAACAUGACGGGUAUAACUCAGCAUCGAGACAACGCCACGUUCAUUUCGCCGGCUUUUCAGAGUAAUCGCACGCAUGAAAUUUACCUCAGAAAGCUUAACAGGCGCCAGAAAAGAGCACGCAGAGUUCUCCAUAAGCAUUUGAGGAUUAACGACACUGAAAUCUUAAUCACUUAUGGAGGCCUCCAAGAAGGAGACAACGGGACACAGCAUCACCACAGCCGUGGCAAAAAGAAUGGAAAGAUUUCUUCAGCCGAGGAUGAUGAAGGUGCUAGUGAAGAAACCAGCGAGAGCGAGGAUCCUGGUGAAGAUGUUGGCAGCCUCUACGUGAAAUUCAUUACAAAAUGGAUUGAAAUAGCCAUUAGCAGAGCCCAGGCCCAUUGGAAUGCCGGUGCAAGCGAACGCAAUGCUACGAGUACGUAGAGCUCAGCCGACGGAUUCUGUGUAUUUCAAAAUAAAUCUAUAUGGAGGAUUU